CUCAUUGCUGGAAGGAACCGUGGCUGCUAAGGAGCAGAGCUCGGUGGCUGCGAGCAUCUCAGUCCAGUGUCCCCCCCCACCCUGGCUCGUCAUAUGAUUUCUCCUGAGGGAUAACCGCUGAGCGGGACCACAUCUCCAAGCUGAUCCUUUGCUGAUAAGCCGGCUGCCAAGUCUCCAGCGCUAAGACAAAAGAGUUUUUCUACUCCCAGCAGGUUUUUCUGCUGUGAAUGACAGAAGAAGAGGGAAAAGUGAGCUGCCAGGCACUCCUUGCAGGCAAGAGGCUUCAGGGGCUCCUUCCCCCCCACUGUGCUGGCAGAUCAUGGAGCUUUUCAGGCUGAGCCUGGGCUGUAUUUGCCUCCUUCCUUGGCUUGAGGUAGCAGGGGAACAAGGCUUCCUCAUAAGGAACACCCGGCUGGAAAAGUGCAUUCACACCUCCCACCACGAGACCAACGGCAUCAGCCUGACUGACUGCAAGGUGCACUCCCAGCAGCAGCAGUGGAGCUGGGACCCCGCCACCAGGACCAUCGUCAGCCUUAAAACAAAGCAGUGCUUGUCGGCCCACAAGAUGCGGGAGUAUGCCCCAGUCAAGCUGGAGCCCUGCGGGGACUGGGAACGCCAAGCGUGGUCCUGCAGCAAGAAGGGACACUUGACUCUGCAGAGCUUGGGCUUCCACCUCAGCACCAAGGAAGGAGGCCACAAGGUCUUUGUCUCAAGGGAGAAGGACAAAUUCAGCAGGUGGAAGACUUUAGCGGAUGAAACAAUCUGUGCUGCUGCCCAGACAGCAGCUCUGAGACCCAGCAAACCAACACAACAAGCCGUAGACACACGGGUGUGGACCUAUGAAACUAAAACCAUUGAUUCAUCAAAGAUCGAUGCUGUGAACAGAGAAUCUUCUGUAAGCUUGACUGACCCACCUCUGGGUAACAAAUUUAACAGCACGGUGUCUCCAGUGAAGACCAAACAGGCAUACCAUCCAGCAAACGAUGAUGCAUCCCACAAUCACUCUAAAAAGCACCAUGGAAAUCGAGGGAAAAAUGCUGGGGCCAGGCUUGCAGGCACCAACUGGAAGACGGCCAUGCUGGUCCUCAGCCCCUUGGCAUUCAUACUGGGAUUAAUAAUACUGACACUCAAUGUUCAUUACAACAAGAAGAAGAAAAUCCUCUCUGCUCUGAAGAGCUCCCCAGCCAACAGCAGCAGAGCUGACUUACGGGAGCCAUCUCCCUUACGAAGAGGUCCCCAGCCAUCUCGCUCCCCUUCCUUGAGGCAUGGAGAGAUCCUCAUUGAGUGGAAAGAUGGGACUGUCACUCCUCUUUUUGAUAAUGCCAAUUAUCAAAUGGACUAGCUCUGAAAUGAUGGAGCUGUUGUUCCAUCCUGUGUCACUCUUCCCACCAGGAAGAGUGCCACCAUAGCCAAUCUUCUCCCUAGCCUUGCUAUUUUGACAGGGAGUUGUACGCACUGUUUGGGUUUUUUUUAACACUUGAGAACAAUCUCAUUCCACAGCACGAGGUUGAAGCAAGCAGAGCAGAUUGUUUGGUUUGUAUAGGCACAUGCUGCUUAGCUCUUCCAGAGCUGAUAUAACCCGUAACAAAACCCAGAUUAGCUAAAUGAAGCCGAGACUCUCACCAGCUGCAACUGUCCAUUGCCCUGAACUUAUAGAGUUACUGAGCAUAUGAGAAAGUAAAUCCUUGGAGACAAGUUGUAAGGUGAAAAACAGAAGUCCUGAUGAUCCUUAAAUUCUUUUAAAGAUAAAACUAGCUGCCAACAGACACAGAAGGCUGUCAGUUACUUUGUCAAUGUGAAAACAUAACUAAUAAGCACUGCCUUAAGGACUCAAAAGAUUACAGUCUCCUCCAGAUAUCUGCCAAAAUACUCCCCCCACUAAGUUAUCAAUUAUGUAACAGCAAGUAAUUUUUCUAACUUAAAGGGUGGCACUCCAUCAUCCUCUGCACCACUGCAAGAGUCCUGCUGAGAGUAUGUGUCUCUCAAAAUAUUUCCCUAUUUAGGAUGUAUUAGACCUUAUUAUAACACACAUUCUCUUUCUUUAUGUAGGAUGACAAGUAACAUUGGUUAUUAUAUAACUUAUCCAGCCCUUUUAUACCAGCUUCAGUCUCUGAUUUCCUAUAGUCCUAUGGAAUAGUCAAUGAACAGAUAGAUAUACUGCUCCCAUCUAGAGCAGUAAUACAGUUUUUUUCCACAAAGGCACUGUUUUCAGCCUUUACACUUCUUGUAUGAGCAUAAUUAUCUGUGACCCAUCACACUCAAUCCUGAUCUUUUCUCAGUGAAACUUGCAAUAUCUUAGUGCCUUCCUAAUAUUCAUGAAUUUAUGCUUUCCUUCUCUCUGAUCUUGUGAUGAUGUAAACCAAAAUCACAUGGCUAUAAAUCAGGAAUUAUCUGGAGAAAGAAAUACUAACACCAAGAAAUUACAAGUAUGAGCUGCAUCAGUAUAUUUGUUCAGCAGUGCAAGGGAAACCAUAUCCUAACCUGUCUCUUACUCAGACUUAAACACUGCUUUUUACUUUACCUAAAUUAACUUUUUGUGCCAUUUCAGUGGAGCUUGGACUUCUCUAGAGUUUGUUUUUAUUUAACCUAAGGCAGAAGUAAGGUCUCUAGGGAAUUGAAAGUCUCUGGGUUUUGGUGGUUUUUUUUUUAAUUUUUCUUUUUAAACAUAGAUCCACAGCCUGGUUAAGAGUUAACUGCCAUGAGAUAUUAUUAUGACCAAAAACCUAGCUGGUUUCAAGAAAGAAAAUACAAACCUUAUUGGUUCAGGGCAUAAAAAUCAUAGAGGUUGGAAAUAAAUGUCUUCCCCAGGCAGAUUAUUCCAUAAUUGUUUACUGGAGGGUUUCCCACACACUCCUGGGGAAUGUAUUUUACUACCAGACACGGGCAGAGGAAGAACUCAUUUUUCACCAGUGAGCACAAACAAAAUUACAUUCUGACUUUCCAAUGUUUCCACUUUAAAACAAAUCCAAAAACUUUUGGGUCAAGUUUCCAAAUGCGUAAGCAUCAUUUUACACAUGAAAUUUGUGGGAAUACAUUCUGUACAUAAAUCGCUCAAAACGCACAUGCAGAGCCUCACCAGUUAUCACAGUUACAUCCCUUGUACCUUUUCCUAUAAUUAAGAUGCCCGCCUUUGAAAUUUUGUCCAAGGAGCACAUCACCUUGCAGUGCAUAGCACUUGUUACCCUCCAAAACCUUGACGCACUUUGGGAACACUAUGUAUGCAGUGCCAUUAAAAUGGAAAUACUCACCUGGGGUUCAGCUUUGUUGUGCUUUCCAAAGCAACAGGUGCUUAUGUUCAUUACUGCUGAAUGGGCAGAACAGAUGACUUGUUAAUGACUCUCUGUAAUUCACACUUAAUAUGCUAAUCUUGCUCAUAGACAUGAAGGCAGUAACACCAUUGUUUACACAGCACUGAUUAAAUGGUAGCUCAUACAAUAAUGAAAAAUUAAGACUGUGAAGCAGCACAGGUUUUUAACAUUUUCUCCCUCCUCUCUUUUACUGGUUGUUAUCUUUUAGUUUUUUCUCACUCGUUUACCUACGUUAGAUGCUAGACACCAAAUUUGCCAAGGUAUGGACAGAGGAGCUGAAGGUGUGAGUCUUCAUCACGAGAGGUCUUAAAAAGCACGUUAGCCAAACAUCCAUCAGGAAAGACUUCAAAAUAGGUGAUUCUGCCUUGGGGCUGGACCAGGUGACAGUGGGAGACACCUUCCAUCCUCUGCUUCUAAAGCUUGCUGAGAAACACUCAGAGCAAUCGCACAACCUAUGUGCUGUUCACUCUCUGCCAUCACCUGAAUGCAAUGCUUUUAAACAGUGUUCAUAAUCAAAAUAAAACCUGACUGUAAAGUGGAGGAGCACUGAAAUUGUUUAUGUGUGUGUGUAUAUAUAUUAAAACCCCCCUUAUUGUGCAUCUGUGUGUGUGUGUGUAUACACACACAAAAAAGGAUGCACUAUAAGAGGGCUUUUAUAAAUCAGCCUACAGGAAGAUUAAGAGAGUGAUGGGCAAGACAUCGCUGUCACAGUGGUACUAAUAUUAUUAAUAUAGGCUGCUCCAAAGGACGAGUGCUGCAUAACUGGCAGGUAACACAAUACUAAACUGCCGCCCAUAUUUGUCAGCCCAGUUACGCUGCUGGUAUCACAAGCCUUCUCCAGGGCUGACGUGAUACUGAUGACCCUCGUUUCACUCUUGCAGCAAAGAGGAAGACAAAGUGGAAGUAAAGCCCACUUUCUCAUACGCUUAUUUGCUUUGCGAGGUCCAAGUGCCUAAGCAGCAAAGGCUAGAGGAGAUGUAGGGAAGAAGGGACAACUUGUUCUCCCCCAAAGUUCCCUGGGAUUCAGAAAAACUUCAUUCCUCACCUAAAAAUGUUAAUAAUGCUGUCUUGCUUUUUUGGUAUUUAUGUACCAAAACAUCCAAAAGAUUAUGAACCAUUACUAACUGAGCGUACAUAAUCAUACAGAGUGCUAACAACCUCAGCUCCCAAUGAAGUUAAUGACAAAAGAGAGGUCCACAGGAAAGCUGAUGCAGGCGAGCUCAUCUGUACCACCCCAGGCUACUGCAAUCAUCCAGCAUGAGUAGCUACAGCACAGCACUAGCAGCGCACGUGGCCCUGCUGCCCACACAUUGGUGCAGGCUGCAGCCACAGAAACACAGAUGCUAUCAAACGGACACAAGAUUGCACGUUAGCUUAAAUAUUCUGUGCAGAAAAUGCUAUAUUAGGCAGACAGAUUUCCCUUUCCCAACCCCCUGAAUAAUGUAUGGCCAAGGUGUUUGUUAAAGAGCAAAAACGAAAAAAAAAGAAGCAAAAGAAGAACUUCAAGUUUACCAUUUAAAUACUGUACAUCAACCGUUUACUAAGACUCUUUAGAUGGAAAAUGUUUUC